AUGGAUGGAGGAUCUCAAUUAGGUCAUCAAAUCCUUGAGGAGGCUAAAAUGUCAUCUAGCAUUCCGGCGAGUCAUUUAGAUCAUCUACCAUCUCCUUUUUUUGCAAACCAGUCCUAUUUAGAUUUUCAACAACAACUAGAGUAUGAAAUUGCUACUUCUUUGAGCCCUUUACAGGUUCCUGAGCCUAAUAAUGCAAAAAUGCCACAUUCUUGUGAAAAUUUUGAAAAUAAUCCUGAACUGAUAUUCCCUACUGAACAAGAGAAAUCAUCAUCUGCAAGAGAUUUGGAGAGAGCUUCUUUAAUUAGCAGUUCUGGAUCUUCUAGACCAGUCUUUUCAAGUGAUAAAAAAAGAAUUAGAUGGUCUGAUGAUCUUCACAGGAAGUUUGUUGAAUGUGUCAACAGUAUUGGUGGUGCUGACAAGGCAACCCCAAAGGCAAUACUGAAGAUGAUGAAAUCAAAAGGGUUAACCAUUUUUCAUGUCAAAAGUCAUUUGCAGAAAUAUCGAUCUGAGAAGAUAAUCUGUGAAUGUAAACAAUCAAUUAUUAUUAUUAUUACUUUUACAGGAAAAACUGAUGAAAGAACAAUAAGUGAUAUGCCUCAGCUCUACAUGAAAAAGACUCUGAAAAUCAAGGAGGCACUGCAACUGCAACUAGAUGUUGAAAAACAUAUUCAUCAACAACUGGAGAUUCAAAGACAACUCCAGCUGCAAAUUGAAGAAAAUGGAAGGCAACUAAAGCUGAUGUUGCAGCAGCAACAGAAAUUAAAUAAAUGAACAUUAAUAACCCAUAACUUGAGAUAAUAACAUAAGAAAGAUCAAUUUGCUACAAACUAAACUUAC